GUAGUUUCCCGGUCUGAGGCCCUUUCCUGUCUAUCGGAGUGCAGCAGACCGUCUUUCCUGUACAGACCCUGCCUAGUCUUGCGGCAGACUCCAGGCUGAGCCAUGCACAUUGGCUGCCUCUCUUUCCGCCAGCCAUAUGCUGGGCUGAUCCUGAACGGAGUGAAAACCAUAGAGACGCGUUGGCGCCCUCUGCUGGCUGAUUACAAGAACAGCACCCUGGCCAUACACAUUGCAGUGAAGGACUGGGAAGGCCAAGAUUGGCAACAUGUUUUACAGCACAGACUUGGAAUGUCCCUUACACAGAUACAGCAAUUAAUAGACACAGGGGAACAGUUUGGCAGAGGAGUUAUUGCAGGUCUCGUGGACAUUGGAGAAACAUGGCAAUAUGUGAAUGAGUCCCACGAGGAAACUCUAGAACUUGAGAAUAAAGCUCUCUUGAUGAACCUGGAACAGAAAUACCUCACAGUUGUUUCUAAUGCCAGGUGGCUGCUGAAACCUAUUCCAGCAAGGGGAGGCAAAGACGUGUGGGAAGUGCACAUUCCUGACCAGUUAAUCCCUUGAAAGCUAGGUGGACACAUAACAUCCCCAGGUUUAAGUUGGUUCCAUCACAGGCACGUUUCACUUUGCCAGUUUUUAGAAAGUAGUAUGAUAGUGGAGACAAUGCAGCGGGGAUUUGCAAUACAAGUGGCAAGGAAAAUGUUGCAUUUCUGUACGGACUAUACAGGAGUAGCAAAUAGCUGUAAUUAAAAUCCACAACUUGGGCAUAUGAACUAUCAUCAAGUGGCCGUUUAUG